UCCCCUGUAAACAUGUAACUCCUAUAUCUCUCUACUCUCCAUCAUCAUUCUUUCUCUCUCUAAAACACCUUCAUAUGCUUCUGAAUUCUGGAGUGAGAGAUUCGUAUGAAAAGAAGCACGCAUAUAGUAUGUUGUACUGUGUGUAACUCUUUCUUGGCAACUGCACCCACAACAUAAUAAUCAUCUUCCACCGGUGAUUACCUUUGAAAUUCGAAUCUAGACACGUUUAUGUAAUUUGAUGGCGAAAAGUGAGGUGUUUGAAGGGGAUCAGAGCGUGGCGGUGGCGAAGGUUACGACGGAGUUGAAGAAGGAAUUGAAUAGACUUGUGAAAGCGAUUAUUGAAGAUUCAUCAUCGGAGGAUGAAAAUGGAUUUGGAUGUUUCGAGAGAGCGAAUCAGACUUUGCAAGCUUUGAAAGAAUCGAAAGAGGGAGGAGGGAAACAACGAUCGUCUUCGAUUAAACGACUCAAUGAUAAUAAUCGUAAUAACAAUGAAAGUUCGACGUCGGUUUGGGCUUCUUGUUAUCCUCUAUACUUGUCAGACAUACGAUAGGCCCUUUAUCAACUCUCGACUCCAAUAAGUCGUUAAUUGGACAAAAAGGUGCUUUGAAACCACUUAUUGAUCUUUUGGAAGAAGGGCAUCCAUUAGCAAUGAAAGAUGUUGCGUCUGCUAUCUUUAAUUCAAGUAUCACCCAUGAAAAUAAAGCCAUUCUUGCGAUGCUUUCAAGCAACCAAAAAGCUGUUGAAGAAAUGGGGGAUCUUGGAGCUGUUUCUUGUUUGCUUUCUUUUCUUUAAUAAAGAAAACUAUGAUGUAUUACUUAUGAAGAGACUAUUAUAUGCUAGAGAAGCAAAGAUUGGAUGAGUUUCUAUCUAAUAUAAACAAUGGAAAAAAUGUAAUUGUAUCUCUUUCACCUCAGUCAAGGGCUUCCAUUGCGGGGCAUUAUGGUCAUUUUCCACUUCAGGAAUGGACAAGUUAUAAAGUCGUAAUACAUACCGUGGAGAAUUGGCGUAUAAGAUAGUCCUGGGUUUAAAGUGCAUUGAAGCUCCACCAGCAAAAUUGAACCGUACUAUGGGAAAUAUGCCGGUAUAAAAAUAACUGAAAGAACAAUAGAAGAUAAUUAUUUAAAAAAAAUAUUAUCAUUUACCAUAUCGAAUGAUAAAACACAGUACACAGAUUAUUUUGGACGCAAACCUUGAAUUGAAUCAAUAACAAAAAUUUUCACUUGACAUAAGUGGCUGUAUGAAGUUUGAAGCUGCAUGUUUUAUCUGCACCAGUAAAAGUAACAUUUAGAUUAACAAACCACUAGUUAAGUUAUGGUUUGAUGUUGUACUUACAACAUCCACAACGGGGGUGUAAGCCUCUUCAGUAAUGUAUACCAAAGUUGUUCCGGAAUCAAUUAUUAUUCCCGGUUGGUGAUCACUUAAUGCAAAUACAGAAUGAUCAAUUGUCAAUGUUUGAACAAUGAUUGAUAUGCUUUCCAAAUUUACAUUGUAAUGCCACCUGUAAAUGUAUAUGGAAGGAAAUUAGAAACAGAAGGUGUUCUUUUGAUUUAGCAUGGUAAAAGAUAUAUACAUGUUUCCUUUUAAUAUAAUAAAUAAAUAAAAAGAAAAUAAAAACUUACGCUAAUUUGACAAGUGGAGUGAAUACUACAUCUGGCAUGAUGGGUGUACCAAAAGCCAGAAUCCUACCUCCAUCACCACCAGCCAGGCAAUGUGAAAAGGAAUUGGGUGCAAUCCCUUGAGAUGAAAGCUAGGAAAUCACAUACAUACUUUGUCUGCCCAAUCCCAUAAUCUCAUCAACUGUUUUGUCAGUUUGACUCAGCCGUCUUGUUUUGGACGGGCUACAUCUGUUCAUGCAUAAUUCACUAAAUCAACCAUCUUAUUUAAAGAGAAUGAAAGAAGGAAGAGAAAUGAAAUUCUAUAGUUGAUGAUAAAUGAGAACUUAGCCAAAUAAAACCGAAGCUGAAGUGUUCAAGAAAUAUGACUUGCCAACAACUAUUUUAAAAUGCAUCAAGUCGAAUACAUAAUAACCUAAUGUUCCACUACCAUCUCCAUAGUGGAGAUCAUAGGUGCAUUGGUUAUUUGGACAUGAGUUGGAUUUUGGAGAACAUCUUUCGUCUGAAUAUAAGAUAGGAGAAGAUGUAGAGGAGCUUGUAGGAUCAUAGAUAGUAAUAGGAAUCUGUUCAAAGAAAGAAAAAUCAUACAUAUAGUACCAAUACUAGUUAAUUAAAAAGUCACACUUUAUAAGAAAUGAUCAGAACAUACUUGUUGUGUGGAUGAUGUAGGGCAAGAUUGGAAGGGUUUGCAACCUACCCAUAACAAGUCGCUUCCUUUAUCAAAUACUACAUAGUAUUCUUUUGGGGGGAAUCCUAGCUUGAUUUUUGUGUAGUACAAGCUACAAGUUAACCAAAUUACACGAUGUUAAGGAAUUGAAGAACAGGUGACUAAGAACUGGAAAAAUUGACUUGUUCACAAAGUCUUUCAAGUAUAACUAAAACAUAUGCAAGAAUAGAACAAGUGCAUGUCUUUUUUAAAAAAAAAAAACCUAUAAAGCAAAACAUGAACUAGAAUUGAAAAAACAACUAAGAGAUUAAUCCAAUUUAUACUAAUCAUGAAAGAAGUCUAAUGAAAUAUGGUUAUUGACAAAUAGAAUCCUAAACAAAUACCAAGAAUUUCAAAUAUGACAGUUUUUCCCAAAAUAUCCCUGACUAUUUUUGUCCCAGAUUUUGUGUUUUCUUGGUAUUUGUUUAGGAUUCUAUUUAUCAAUAACCGUAUUGCAUUAGGUUUCUUUCAUGAUUAGUAUAAAUUGGAUUAAUCUCUUAGUUGUUUUUUUCAAUUCUUGUUCACGUUUUGCUUUAUAGUUUUUGAUGAACAAAGACCUGCACUUGUUCUAUUCUUGCAUAUGUUUUAGUUAUACUUGAAAGACUUUGUGAACAAGUCAAUUUUUCCAGGUCUUAAUCACAUGUUCUACAAUUCCUUAACAUCUUGUAAUUUAGUUAACUUGUAGCUUGUACUACACAAAAAUCAAGCUAGGAUUCCCCCCAAAAGGAUACUAUGUAGUAUUUGAUAUAGGAAGCGACUUGUUGUGGGUAGGUUGCAAACCCUGCCAAUCUUUCCCUACAUCAUCCACACAACAAAUUCCUAUUACUAUCUAUGAUCCUACAAGCUCCUCCACAUCUUCUCCUAUCUUAUAUUCGGACGAAAGAUGUUCUCCAAAAUCCAACUCAUGUCCAAAUAACCAAUGCACCUAUGAUCUCCACUAUGGAGAUGGUAGUGGAACAUUAGGUUAUUAUGUAUUCGACUUGAUGCAUUUUAAAAUAGUUGUUGGCAAGUCAUAUUUCUUGAACACUUCAGCUUCGGUUUUAUUUGGCUAAGUUCUCAUUUAUCAUCAACUAUAGAAUUUCAUUUCUCUUCCUUCUUUCAUUCUCUUUAAAUAACAUGGUUGAUUUAGUGAAUUAUGCAUGAACAGAUGUAGCCCGUCCAAAACAGGACGGCUGAGUCAAACUGACAAAACACUUGAUGAGAUUAUGGGAUUGGGCAGACAAAGUAUGUAUGUGAUUUCCCAGCUUUCAUCUCAAGGGAUUGCACCCAAUUCCUUUUCACAUUGCCUGGCUGGUGGUGAUGGUGGUGGGAUUGUGGCUUUUGGUACAUCCGUCAUGGCAAAUGUAGUAUUCACUCCACUUGUCAAAUCAGCGUGGCAUUACAAUGUAAAUUUGGAAAGCAUAUCAGUCAUUGUUGAAACAUUGACAAUUGAUCAUUCUGUAUUUGCAUUAAGUGAUCACCAACCGGGAAUAAUAAUUGAUUCCGGAACAACUUUGGUAUACAUUACUGAAGAGGCUUACACCCCCGUUGUGGAUGCUAUAAAACAUGCAGCUUCAAACUUCAUACAGCCACUUAUGUCAAGUGAAAAUUUUUGUUAUUCAUUCAAUUCAAGUUAUUUUUAUACCGGCAUAUUUCCCAUAGUACGGUUCAAUUUUACUGGUGGUGCUUCAAUGGACUUUAAACCCAGGACUAUCUUAUACGCUAAUUCUCCAUGGUUAUCAGAUAAAAUAAAACAUCAGUCAUAUUAUUGGCGGCGGGUGUAGAUUGCAUCCUUCUGUUAGCAUAUUAUUUGUAUAUAUAUUUGUAUUAUUAUUUAUAGUCGGACCCAAGUGUUUGACCCUUUACUGAUUAUUCUUUCAUCUUAUAUAUAUUGUGUAUAUCGAGGUUAUCCAUUGAAGUAUCGAUUCAUAGGAAAAUAAAGAGGAUUUCAUGGUAGUAGAGCUUCGUACUUUCUAGGAUCGUUCUAAAACUAUAGUCAACGGCUCCAUUGCGGUUGAGCAUCUUCUCCCCUAUUGAUCUCCUUCUUAUUUUCUUCUUUUUGAUAUUUCAGAGUCAAUCUCAUUACCCUCAUAAUGUCGAAAAUAUAUCCGACAAACCGUUAUCUACAACCAAAAUGAAACAUGUUGUUCCAUUCGUGUUAGAUCUGGAACACACGAACUAUGAUAUGGCGAGAACAUUUUGAGAUUCAUUGCAUCAAAUAUAGAGUUGAUCCACCAUCUCAAGCCUCAUAUAAAUUCCUGGGUAGUUAUGUAAUAUAUUACAAGUAAGUUUUCUUAUAGAAUUUUAAAGCAAAAUUAAUUAAAUAUGAGUAAAUUUUCAGGCAUACUAUCCAAAAAAUAUAUUCCUGGUAAAAAUAUCAACAAUAAACAAGAUAAUGAUAAUAAUUAAAUAAAUUCUAUUGAAGAAACCGUUAAUAACAUACAACAAAGUUUGAAUAAUUGGACAAUACCUAAAACUAAUAUUAAUACAAUAUAUAGAAUAAGAACUUUUGAUUAUUUUCAAGGUUAUUCUAUUAAAAUGACAGAACAAACUUUGUCUAUUGGUCAAAACCAACAAAAUUUACAUUUGUUAUCAUUACGAUCUAUUCUAGAGUAUAGAACGAAAUAUAAAUUUUUACAUGUCGGUUUAGUCCAAAUUGCUAUCAAGCCUCUAUUUAGAAUUGGAAUAGAUGCCCCUGUUCUCCUUAUUUUAAGAGACAAGAGACAUAAAGAUUUUCAAAAUUCUAUUUUAGCUAUGGCUGAAACAAAUAUUGCUAACAGACCUAUUUAUUUCAAUUGUUAUCCAAAUUUCUCUGUAGGAUUAUUUGAUAAAAAUAUUUUAGAUACUUUGGUUUUAACUAUAGAAACAAAAAAUUUAGAAUUUAAAAAUGAUACAAAGCCUUUAGCAAUAAUUUAUCGUGUUUGUUACAAAACUAUGACAACUACACUUGAACCAAAAACACGUUUAUCAAGUCCUCGAAAUGAAACAAUUAUUUUUGAAGCGAAUACUAACCAUACCAAAGUUCACACACCAAAAAGAUUAAAAUGGUCUGAUAUAACUCAAUCAUGUAAUUGGAACUUACAAAAUGUUAUUGAUCCAAAACCAUUAGACUCUUCAAAAGAAAUCUCAAAUAUUAUUGAAUAUAAUGAUGGUUAUGUAGAUAUAAUUUUUCUUCCUUAAAUAUUUCAUCAUCCAGAUUAUCAACUUCUUUUAUCCCAGAAACAGGCUCUUCAAAAUCUUCGUUAUUAAAGUCGAGAUCUUUAAAACUAAAAACUGUUGACUAUACUAAUUCUAUUCCCAAACCAUUAUAUCAAGAUGAUCAAAAUAGUGAAAAUAGUCUUCCUAGUCCUACUAAAUUAGAUUUUAUUGAUGAACUUCAAAAUUUUAAACAACAAUUAUGAGUUCUAAAAUACAAAUUAAUUGUUCACAAAAUAAUAAGCUUUGGGCUGAUAUGUUAAAAAGGCAUUGGGAGAUAAAUUCUAAUAUAUGCAAAACCAUUCAACAUUUAGAAGAAACUAGAACUCAUGAA